UGGACUUGCGCUUCUGCUGUGGGCUCGGAGAGCGAAUACCUGCCGCUCGCGGCUUUUUCGCCCUAUAUAGUGCAGCGCAGGAUCGGAGGGCGGGGACGGCCGGGCGAGCCUGCCAAUGGGAGCGCGUGCCGCCACGCGUCCCCGCGAUCCCGAGGGAGCGGCGCCGCCAUAAAGGGGGAAUCCGGGGGCGGCCCGGCAACAUUCGCUCGCCGUCUGGGAACGAAGAAGCAGACAUGCCCCCCAAAGCAUCAGGAAAGGCCGCCAAGAAGGCUGGCAAGGCCCAGAAGGCCAUCGCCAAGGGUGACAAGAAGAAGAAGCGCAGGAGGAAGGAGAGCUACUCGAUCUACAUCUACAAGGUGCUCAAGCAGGUCCACCCCGACACCGGCGUCUCCUCCAAGGCCAUGUCCAUCAUGAACUCCUUCGUGAACGACAUCUUCGAGCGCAUCGCCGCCGAGGCCUCUCGCCUGGCCCAUUACAACAAGCGCUCCACCAUCACCAGUCGGGAGAUCCAGACGGCCGUCCGUCUCCUCCUGCCCGGUGAGCUGGCCAAGCACGCCGUGUCCGAAGGCACCAAGGCCGUCACCAAGUACACCUCCUCCAAAUAAGCAACCCACCAACUUGCUUGCACUGUAAAAGAACCGGCUCCAUCGGAGCCACAAA